GAGAGCGCAAUCUCACAUUUACGUGAUAUCUAGAGAAAGGUGGCAUACGCAGGUUGGCCAGAAUAUCCUCAUCUAUGAUGCGGAGAAUACUUGAAGAUAUGGUAACGACCGUUUCUCUGGUCCCCAAAUUGCUGGUGUCCUUGUCGACAUCCACAGAUCUUCUCCCUGUAAGUCCUGACUCGAGACAGUAUGGGAGCAUCAUGACUUUCAACAAUCUAUGUUAGACGGACGCGUCCGGGAUAACAAGAUAGGCCGUCUGCACAUGUCCCGUCCUUCAGACCAAGAUACAAGGCAAUGGAUGCAGAGAGUCAGAGACUGAGACGAGUUCUUCCCCGCAUUGCGCUAUCAAGAGUUAUUGCCGGCCGGUUCGCUUGCACGGUGAUCGUCGUUGUCCUCAAACACAUGAAGGUCGAAGUUGGUAUAUCAGCGAGCUAUGGCCGAAUGGCGAAAAGUAGCUGAGCAACUGGCCGGCGAUCUGGGCAUUGGUUAAGGCAGACAGAAGCUGCGUAGAACAGUUGCAAGCCAAUUGACAGGAUCGAUAAGGAACACAAGGCCAUCAGCACGCUGAACGAUCAUCGACUCAUGAUUGAGCGCAUCGAAUAAGUCGAAUGUAGAGGCUCGAGUCAAGAGUCAAGAGGCCUUUGAGUCCUUCUAGACCAGCACCGGAGAAAGACUGAUAUGAAGUGGAUUCGC